CUUGCAUUUUGCAGCCCAUAUAUGAGUUUUCUCCACCCUCUCUCCUACUUUGUUACACUGCAGCUACCAAAUGAAACCCUAGUUUAAUUCCAGUCAAAUACAAACAUAAGUGGAAUAAAACGGUCACAAGCCACAGAUUUUCAUCUUGAAGCCACCCGCAGCUAGCCAAUAAGUAACAGUAGUGGUAAAUCUUUAUCUGAUGAUGAUGGAUCCAUUUGCAGAUAUAGAAACAUCCCAGUCUGAGAACGCCACGGGCAACAGCAACAACAGCACAUCUGCAGGAACAUCCUCAUCUGCUGCUUCCACUCCCAGCCGAUACGAGAAUCAGAAGCGCAGGGACUGGAACACUUUUGGGCAAUAUCUCAAAAACCACAGGCCUCCCCUCGCGCUUUCUCGCUGCAGCGGAGCUCAUGUCCUUGAAUUCCUUCGCUACCUGGACCAGUUUGGGAAAACCAAAGUCCAUACCCCAAUCUGUCCCUUCUACGGGCAUCCCAACCCUCCAGCGCCUUGCCCUUGCCCACUUCGACAAGCUUGGGGAAGCCUUGAUGCCCUCAUUGGCCGCCUCCGGGCUGCAUACGAAGAAAAUGGAGGCAGGCCUGAAGCAAACCCUUUCGGAGCUCGAGCUGUGAGGCUCUACUUGCGCGAAGUUCGUGAUCUGCAGUCCAAAGCCAGAGGGAUAAGCUAUGAGAAGAAGAAGCGCAAGCGCCCCUCGCAACAGCACUUGUCUGCAGCAGCAGGAGCGGGAGCAGGAUCAGCAGCACCCGCAGCAUCAGGUGAUCAUGAUGCUUAACUACUUCAUAUCAACUAAGUUUUUACUUAAAGUUUUUCUGGAAGAUUAAUUAAUGCCUUAGAGCCGUGCUGGGUCUUCCCAAUCUUGGUUGAAUUUUUGGUGGAUCUUUUGUCGAAUGUUGUGGCUUUACGAGUAGUACUGCACUAGGGUUAGUUAGAUUUUACUUCUUCUAAAGUGGGAUUCGAUCAACUGCGAAACUGUUACCGACUACUACUACUGUUUAUUCAGCUGGGGGGCAUGCACCAGACCAGAUGAAUGAGCAAUAUAUUGCUUCCACCUGGGAGCAACUUUUAUUUAUUCUGCUUUUGAUGCAAACAGUAGCAGCGUUAGAAGCACUAUUAUAUAUAGUAUAAGCCUAGUAAUAGUCGUACUGCUAAAAGGUGGAGUUAAUGUACUACUACUUGCAGUAAUGACUCAUGUUCCAUGUGCAACUCUAGCAUAUAUAGAUGCAUUCCAUCGUGUAGUUUCCCAACCAAAAGUUUGUUUCAUCUAAUCAUCAUUUCAGUGUCUAAUUCUGUUGGUUUUGUGACAAUUGACGGUUCAGUUUUGGAUGCUAUUAAAGCUGGCGUGGUCUUGUGAACUUAGGGAUUGUUGGCCAGAUGAUAGCCUCUGAUGUGUAUGAGAAAUUUCUAA